UUGCUGCAAUUAACCCCAACCAUCCACUUGCUCAGAUGCCCUUGCCUCCUUCAAUGAAAAAUUGUAUUCAACUAGCAGCAUGUGAAGCUACUGAGUUGCUACCAAUGAUCCCUGACUUACCAGCUGACCUGUUCACGUCCUGCCUUACCACACCAAUCAAGAUUGCACUUAGAUGGUUUUGCAUGCAGAAGAGUGUGAGAUUGGUACCAGGAGUAACGCUGGAUUUAAUAGAAAAAAUUCCUGGGAGGCUCAAUGACAGGAGAACGCCUCUAGGAGAAUUGAAUUGGAUUUUUACAGCCAUCACGGAUACAAUUGCAUGGAACGUCCUACCCAGAGAUCUUUUCCAAAAGCUCUUCAGACAGGAUCUUCUAGUAGCAAGCCUCUUUCGAAACUUUUUGCUGGCAGAAAGAAUAAUGAGGUCUUAUAACUGCACACCUGUCAGCAGCCCCCGUCUACCUCCAACUUAUAUGCAUGCCAUGUGGCAAGCAUGGGAUCUUGCUGUGGAUAUAUGCCUAUCUCAGCUGCCUACCAUUAUAGAGGAAGGGACUGCAUUUAGGCACAGCCCAUUCUUUGCUGAACAGCUUACAGCCUUUCAAGUCUGGCUAACAAUGGGAGUGGAAAACCGCAAUCCUCCUGAACAGCUCCCUAUCGUAUUGCAGGUAUUGCUGAGUCAAGUACAUCGGUUACGAGCUCUUGAUUUACUUGGCCGUUUUUUGGAUCUGGGUCCCUGGGCUGUUAGCUUGGCUUUAUCUGUUGGCAUUUUCCCCUAUGUAUUAAAACUGCUUCAAAGUUCUGCUCGAGAACUAAGACCUCUUCUGGUUUUCAUCUGGGCCAAAAUCCUUGCAGUGGACAGUUCAUGCCAAGCUGACCUUGUGAAGGACAAUGGUCACAAAUAUUUCCUUUCUGUUUUGGCAGAUCCUUAUAUGCCGCUAUUAAAAAUAUUGACAGUGCAUUCAGGAUAUUCAUGGGAAAAUGAUUCUUCAUGCAAUAUGACUGAAUUCGUCAUAGCUGAACACAGAACAAUGACAGCUUUCAUCUUGGCAGUGAUUGUCAACAACUACAACACAGGACAGGAAGCUUGCCUCCAAGGGAACUUGAUUGCCAUUUGCCUGGAGCAGCUGAAUGAUCCCCACCCUCUGCUGCGCCAGUGGGUGGCUAUUUGCUUGGGCCGCAUCUGGCAGAAUUUUGACUCUGCGAGGUGGUGUGGCGUGAGGGACAGCGCUCAUGAAAAACUCUACAGUCUUCUCUCCGAUUCAAUACCUGAGGUUCGCUGUGCAGCAGUCUUUGCCCUUGGCACUUUUGUAGGCAAUUCUGCUGAGCGGACAGAUCAUUCCACUACAAUAGAUCACAACGUUGCCAUGAUGCUGGCCCAGCUCAUUAAUGAUGGAAGCCCCAUGGUCCGAAAGGAGUUAGUUGUGGCACUGAGUCACCAUGUGGUUCAGUAUGAAACCAAUUUCUGCACAGUUGCCUUACAGUUUAUGGAAGAAGAGAAGAACUAUGCAUUGCCCUCACCUGCUGCUCCAGAGGUUGGAAGUCUGACUCCAGUCCGAGAUAAUCCAUGUACUCCAAAACUCCGUUCUGUCAGCUCCUAUGGAAAUAUCCGAGCAGUCACUACAGCAAGGAACUUGAAUAAGUCUUUGCAGAAUCUCAGUUUGAAUGAAGAAUCUGGAAACUCUGUUGCAUUUUCCCCUGGGAAUCUGAGCACCAGCAGCAGUGCCAGCAGCACCUUGGGCAGCCCUGAAAAUGAAGAAUAUAUCUUGUCUUUCGAGACGAUUGACAAGAUGAGGAGAGUCAGUUCCUACUCAUCACUAACUUCUCUGAUAGGCAACUGUAAAUGCCCGCCCCCAGCGCAUCCUUGACACAUCCUCUGUCACGCAUUCUGCCCCAGCCAGUCCUACUAACAAAGGCAUGCACAUACAUCAAGUAGGAGGGUCACCACCAACUGCAAGUACCAGCAGCUCUAGCUUGACCAAUGACGUGACAAAGCAGCCUGUCAAUCGGGACAUCUCAUCUGUAAGACCUGCAAAUGUUGGCAACGUGGGAAUGCAGUACACUCCCCACUCCCACCAGUUUCCCAGGACAAGGAAAAUGUUUGACAAAGGCCCAGAUCAGAUUACUGAUGAUACUGAUGAUACUGUGGGUCCCAAAAAUUUCAUGUCAGCAGCAAUGCAGACCGGGUUUUGUGAUUGGAGUGCUAAGUAUUUUGCCCAGCCUGUAAUGAAGAUUCCCGAAGAGCAUGAUUUGGAGAGCCAGAUCCGCAAAGAGAGGGAGUGGCGAUUUCUGCGCAAUGCUAGAGUCCGAAAGCAAGCACAGACAAUUAUCCAAAAAGGUAUUUCAAGACUAGAUGAUCAAAUCUUUCUGAACAGGAACCCCGGCAUGCCUUCUGUAGUCAAGUUUCAUCCGUUCACACCAUGCAUAGCAGUGGCUGACAAAGAUAGCAUCUGUUUUUGGGAUUGGGAAAAAGGGGAAAAGUUGGACUAUUUUCACAAUGGAAACCCACGUUACACUAGGAUCACUGCCAUGGAAUAUCUGAAUGGACAAGACUGUUCGCUACUCCUGACUGCUACAGAUGAUGGUGCUAUAAGAGUGUGGAAAAACUUUGCUGACCUGGAGAAGAAUCCAGAGAUGGUAACAGCCUGGCAGGGUUUGUCAGACAUGCUACCUACAACACGUGGUCUGGCCCGAAGGGUUUCAAUCUAUCUUGACAGAAGUAAACAGGGAGGAGCAGGAAUGGUGGUGGAUUGGGAACAAGAAACCGGACUUCUCAUGACUUCCGGAGAUGUGCGCAUCAUCCGAAUCUGGGAUACAGAUCGAGAAAUGAAAGUGCAGGAUAUUCCCACGGGGGCUGACAGCUGUGUCACCAGUCUGUCCUGUGAUUCUCAUCGUUCGCUCAUUGUAGCAGGGCUUGGAGAUGGCUCCAUUCGGGUUUAUGACCGACGGAUGGCUCUGAGUGAAUGGUUUGUGUAUCCUGACUGA